UAGCUAAAUAACACUUCGUGCGUGUUAUAAGCAUUAUAAACUGUGUGUAUAGAUGUAAUGUUCCAUCGUUCGACAACACUGUUUAUUAAUUAAAAUCUGCUAAAACAUUUAAAUGGAAGCGGAAGCAGAAAUAGAAGUGCUGGAGCGUGACAUACGAACGUUACAAAGCCAGCUCAAAGAAAAGGUUCAACAAUUGAGAGCCUUGAAAAAUCAUUUUCGGAAGAACUGCAUAAAUAAGCUCAACAACAAUGAAAUCGCACGCUACAGCCGGCAAAUAAUUCUGUCGGAAAUCGGAGUCAAUGGCCAACUAAAAUUGAAAAAUGCAUCCGUGUUAGUGGUAGGCGCUGGCGGAUUAGGAUGUCCUUCCUCGUUAUAUAUGGCCGGGGCUGGUAUCGGGCGAAUAGGCAUUCUGGACUACGACGAAGUAGAGUUAACAAAUCUUCAUCGACAGCUGCUGCAUACGGAGUCCACAGUUGGUCAAACGAAGGUUGAUUCUGCUAAAUAUUACUUAGCGAAACUGAACUCACAAAUCGAGCUAAUAACUCAUCAUACGCAAAUUACGGGUGAUAACGCGUUAGCUAUAAUCGAACAGUAUGAUGUCAUUGUUGAUGCAACCGAUAAUGUUGCAACAAGAUAUUUGCUGAAUGAUUCUUGUGUGAUGCUCAAAAAGCCUCUUGUGUCUGGCAGUGCAUUGCAGUUUGAAGGACAACUAACAGUAUAUAAUUAUAAAAAUAGCCCUUGUUAUCGUUGUUUAUUUCCAACACCCCCAUCUCCGGAAGCAGUUACAAAUUGCGGAGAUAGUGGAGUUCUCGGUGCCAUUACGGGUGUCAUUGGAGCAUUGCAGGCUUUAGAAACAAUUAAAAUUAUUCUUGGCAACGAAGGUGUGCUAGCCGGUCGGCUUUUGUUAUUCAAUGGUCAACAAAGCACAUUUCGAAAUUUGAAACUUCGAUCAAAAAAGAAUGAUUGUAUAGUUUGCUCAGAGAAUCCAUCGUUGACCAAACUCAUCGACUACGAACAAUUCUGUAGUAUGAAAGCAACGGAUAAAGAUUCUCAUUUAAACUUAUUAUCUAAGAGCGAACGGAUUACCGUCGAAGAGUAUAAGCAGCUCGUAGACAAUGGAAAGCAGCAUUUACUGAUCGACGUCCGUGGGUCGAAUCAGUUUGAUAUUUGCCAGCUGCCUGCGUCGGUCAACAUACCGAUCAAUGAUAUUAUGAAGAAUAGACGAAUUGACGACCUUCUGGACAAGGCAUCAACAGUAGAGACAACCCAAUUACCUGUGUUCGUAAUUUGUCGCCGUGGAAACGACUCACAGCUAGCCGUACAGCAUUUGACGCCUAUUUUUAAAGAGCAUGGCCUGGAUCCGCCAAAGGAUAUUAUAGGAGGGUUGCAUGCUUGGACCCACAAUAUUGAUAAGUGCUUUCCAAUUUAUUAAAUGGCUGAAAUAAUGUUUUCGUUUUAUUUUAUUUUUUAUUAAACAACUUGUAUGCUUGUAACAAUUUAUAGUUUACAGAAACUACGCCGGCUCUUAGCCAAAAUACAGUGGUGUAUUAUUGAUAGUAAG